AUUAUGGCCAUGGCUUUGGCAAUAUUCAAUGAGUAUGCUGGGGUGCUUUCAAACGUCAAUGCAUGUCGUGAAUUCUUCAGCUGGACGGCAUCAGUCAUAACGGCCACUCGUUCUUCACGGAACACCUCAGAGUUGCCAUGCCAAGACAAGGCAGCUGCUCUACGACAGGCUGAAGAGGAAAUUGAGCGGCUGGGGAAUGCUAUUUGGGAGCUAACGACAUCAAUGCCCAAGAUGCUUGAGCUCAUUGAUCAGGUCGAGUUUCUAAGCCAUAAGGAACAUGUGGCUGCUCUCCUCCCGGGUAUCAAGGCUGCAGUGUAUGAUGGAGAGGACCUGUUUGAUGAGUUUGAUUGUGAUGCACUCAAGUUAAAGGUUGAACGCAGCAAGAAUUUGUGUCCAGAUCGAUUGCAUGACACCUGUUUGGAAUUCUAUGACACGGUCAAAUCCAAUGAUCAGAUCAGGAAAGUCAACAGAAUUCAUAAAAAUCUAGAACAUAUCCAUAAGCAGUGCAGGCAUAUGCGCUUGCACAAAGCACCACUGAAGUUUGAUAAGUCAAUUAGGCCAGAAACAACUUCCAACUUUAAUGAGCCAAAAAUGUUUGGCCGGGAAGAAGAACUGAAGAACUUGGUGGCAGCACUAGGAGUUGUUCGUGCACCAAAGAGAGCAAGGACUGAAAUCGAAGAGAGAAUGACAGAGCUGCCUGUGUUUUCAAUUGUUGGCAUGGGAGGUGUCGGAAAGACAACAAUGGCCCAACAAAUCUGCAAGCAUACAGAUGUGAAUAAGCACUUUGGCCCCGAAAAUAUAAUCUGGACAUGCGUUUCAUAUGAUUUUGACAGAAAAAGGUUAACAAGAGAGAUUAUAGAGUCCCUGGGUGGAGAUGCAUCAUCUAAUAAUCUGAAUGUUCUUAUGGGUAAACUAGAAGGCCAUGUCAAGUCCAAAAAGUUCUUACUUGUCCUUGAUGACGUGUGGGACGAUAUCUUGAAGGAUCAUGGGGCGGAAUGGAACAGUUUGUGUGCGUCUUUGAAAUAUGGUGCUGAAGGAAGCAGGAUUUUGGUCACCACUAGAUCUCGUGGGGUUGCUAAGCUAGUUGGGCCUAUGAAUAGUUAUGAGUUAAAGGGCUUGCAAGAUAAGGUAUUUUGGGAUUUCUUCAAAGCCUGUGCAUUUGGAUCCGUCAGCUCUUGCAACAACCGGGAGUCAUUGGAGUGCAUUGGUAAAGAGAUUGUUCCAAAGUUGAAGGGCUCCCCAUUGGCUGCCAGGACCAUUGGACGCUUGUUGGCAGUGGAUUUACCUACAGAACACUGGGAAUAUAUAAUGGAAAGUGAACUCUGGAAAAUAGAACAAAAGGAGUUUGACAUUCUGCCGGCCCUUCGACUGAGCUAUAUGUGCCUACCGCAUAAAUUGAAGAGAUGCUUCUCAAUCUGUGCAAUAUUCCCCAAGGAUUACAAAUUUAGGAGGGAUUUUCUAGCUGAUAUCUGGAUUGCACAAGGAUAUGUGGAGGGGCCCCAAGAAGCCUCUAUGUGCUUUGAUGCCCUUGCAAAUCGUUCAUUCUUUCAGAAAGCAUCACCACAUAUUGAUGAGUAUGUAAUUCAUGAUCUGAUGCAUGAUAUGGCACAACUAGUCUCAGCUGAUGAGUGCUUCAUUAUAAAGCAUGCUAGGGACCUAGAUAAUGUUCCUUCAAAUGUCCGCCAUCUGUCAAUAUUGACAAACGGAGAAGUUCGAUGUUCUGAAUUGAAGAGCAUAUGCAACAAGAAAAAAUUGAGGACCCUGAUAUGUGAUGAAUCAUUUAGCAGUGCAGAAGAUUUUGAGCCCGUGAUAAACUGUUGGUUCAAGGAACUGUUGAAAAUCCGUGUACUGAGUAUUAAACUUUCCAGCGUAGUACAGCUACCAGAGAGCAUGGGCAACUCAAAGCAUCUGCGUUACCUUCGUCUUCUUGGAAGUUCAACUUCCUGCACAUUUCCUUCAUCGGCUUGUCGUCUGCAUCGUCUCAAAGUGGUAGAGGGUGGUAGUUGUUUGAUUCAAAGGUUUCCCCCAGACUUCAGUGAUGCCAUCAGCUUACAGAAAAUCAAUUCAAAGGGUUUUGAUUAUAACAAGGACCACUCUGGGAAACUCUGCCUAAAUUGGCCCGAUUCGCAAAUUCCUGAGACGGUGAAGAUGAUGGAAAACCAGAUGGAAGUAUUACCUCACUUGGAUCUCCAACAUUUGAGUGUAAAUGGUUACGGAGGUGAAUCUUGUCCUAGCUGGCUCCGGCCCAACCUGCUGCCAAUGUUGCGCUCCCUUGAAUUUCAUAAGUGUGAUAACUUGAAAAGCACAUCAUUCUUUGUCCCGUUGGAGGGAUCAGUUGACAAUACAGCAUCUUCAGACAACCACAACCGUCUUGAAGAGUUAGUCAUAAAAGCUUGUGCUCAAAUCAAUUGGCAAGGCUUGGUGGUCCUACCUACUUCUCUUAGAAGGCUAACCCUUGAUAAAUCAGGCAAUUUUAUGGAUCACUUUGUGAGCUGCUUCCUUGACCUCACCUCCCUCACUCAUUUGUGCAUAAUUCGCUGCGAGUCGUUGACAUCUAUUCCCCUGCAUUUGUGGAGAAGCAAUCUUCCAUCCCUGGAGGAACUAUAUAUUGAUUCUUGCGACAAUCUUACAUCAAUCGUCUCUGAAGCAAGUAGCAACAGCGAUGUUAAAGGAUUCUCAUCCCUUGCCAAGAUACGUAUUGAGAGGUGCCCCAAAUUACUCGGCAUGGAUGAAUUGCUCAAGCGAGAUUGUGUACCUGGCGUGAAGACCAUUUGGGUUUUCUUUUGUGGAGAGUUGAUGUCCCUCUGUGUUGAUAGGCUCGAGGGGUUGGAAGAUCUGCUAAUUAUAGGUUGUCAUUUUAAGUUGGAUUCGCGGAGGGUAAUGAUAUUACCAUCGUCUCUUAAGAAUCUCCGUGUGGGGUGUUGUGAGGGCAUAGAAUGUAUCAACCUCGCCAAUAGCAACAUGGCAAGUUCUGCACCGGUGCUGGAGGAACUCAGCAUUACGUCCUGUCCAGGCCUCCAGUCCAUUGGUGGUGCAGCAGCUGUUGAUAAAAUAAAGAAAGUGAAUAUAAGGUGGUGCCCCGAGCUCAACGAGAUACAGCAGCCACUCUGCCGCUGCCUUGUUGGCACUGCUGAUGCUGAAAAUUGGCACGAGAAGUAUGGGGAAGAGGUUCGACCGGCAUAGGGCACAUAGGCAAGAAGAUGCUGUUGGAGGAGUGUGAGGAAAGUAAAUUAAGGGCCGCCCUUUGAUGCUCCAGGAGGUUGCUAUUAGCUUGUAUCAAUAAUAGCAGCAGUACACAGUUGCUUGCUAGUAUCUGUCAAGGUAGAGAAGAGAAACUGAACCUUGAGUGAGAUGUUUGUGUGUGUCUCCUUCCUGUAUUUCAAAUUCCCCGCUGAAGCGUGUGUUUCGGUGGAAAAAAUCCUAUUUGUUGUUCCUAGCCAGCUUAUUUACCAUAUUGUCACAAACCUGGCAACUUGUUACUGUAAAAUAAUUUGCGACUCAGAAGUCCAGAAUUCCUUGUUAUAUUUACUUGUAAUA